UUUGCGUCCCCGUCGCGAUUCGCACCAGCAUCUGCCGACUCUGCCAGGAAACCCUUCGUCUCUCAAUCCCCGAUACUCUCAUGUUCUCGGAGCUCCGGCUCCAUUGACGGAGCCCCAGCUCGGUUCGCCAAAAUUCCAAACCCCAUCGCCGUCGAAAGGAUCGCAACAUCUCUCCCUGCUCCCCUUCUCCGAUUCCCCGAUUCGAGCCCUCUCCAAAUCGAUCUCCAGAUCUCGAGCUGUGAGGAUGUCCAAACCAUGGGGCAACAUCGGCGACUGGGCCGCCGAGACCGAGCAAGCCGAGGCUGAGGAGCGCGAGGCUGCCGCCUCCGCGGCCGCAGCGGCCCCGGCCAGGGCCGAGCCUCACAACUUCCCCACCCUCAGGGAAGGCCUCAGCGCCAAGCCCAAGAAUAAGAAGAUGUCGCUGAAUGAGUUCUAUUCCACCGGCUCCGGCGGUUCCAGCGCCGCGGGCGGAGGCGGUUACAGGGGCUUGACUCCUGAAGAGAUGAUGCGCCUGCCCACGGGCCCGAAGGAGCGCUCUGCGGAGGAGUACGGCCGGCUCGGAGGUGGGUUCUCUUCCUAUGGGAGGUCUGGCCUGCCGCCGAACCGGACGCGCGACCGCGAGGAGGGGGACACUUCCUGGGGCGGCGCAGGCAGUGGUGGUGGUCGGAGAUCCUAUGGUGGCUUCGAGGAUGAUCGUCGUGGCCCUCCGCCUUCGAGGGUUUCGGAAUUUGACCAGCCAUCUCGUGCUGAUGAGGUUGAUAAUUGGGCAAUGGGGAAGAAACCUCUGUCUUCCCUUGAUUCCGCAAGGCAAACCAGGUAUGAUUCUCUUGGAGGUGGCUCUAGGGCUGAUGACGUUGAUAAUUGGGCUGUGGGGAAGAAGCUGCAACCACCAGCUCCUUCAAGAUCCUUCGGCUCGGGGUUCCGUGACUCUGGGAUGGAGUCUGACCGCUGGAACAGAGGUGGAGGAGGGGGGUUUACCACAGAGCGCCCGAGGUUGGUGUUGGAUCCGCCUAAGGGUGAUUCGGUGGGAAAUGAAGUGGUGAAAACUACUAGGGCGAGUCCAUUUGGAGAAGCCCGGCCACGAGAGGAAAUCUUGGCCGAGAAGGGUAUGGAUUACAGGAAGCUGGAAUCAGAAAUUGAGGCCAAGAAGACAAGCAGACCCACAAGUGCACAGUCAAGCAGGCCAUCGAGUGCGCAGUCGAGCCGGUCUGAGAGUCAAGGGCUGCAGGGUACUGAGAAUGUGGCCAGGCCAAGGCCUAAAGUUAAUCCGUUUGGAGAUGCCAAACCUAGGGAAGUGUUGCUAGAGGAGAAAGGGAAGGACUGGCGCAAAAUUGAUUUUGAGUUGGAGCAUCGCGGUGUUGAUAGGCCUCAGACAGAGCAGGAAAAGAUGCUGAAGGAGGAGAUAGAGAACUUGAAGAAAGAAAAGGAGGAGGAACUUGCUCAUAAAGCAAACAAUGAACAUUCCCAAGGAUCUGAAGGAGACCAACCGAGUUUGAGGGAUGCAAUAUCACUGAAGGAAAGGCAACUGGAAGCUUUGACCCGUGAUUUGGACGAUAAACUUCGAUUUGGGCAGAGAUCUGUAGAGAGGCCUGGUUCUGGUUAUGGCAGGUCCGGUAGCUUUUCUGAGAGGCCACCUUCUCGGGCCGGGUCAAUUGAUGAGUCUCGUAGUAUGGAUUACAACGAUCGUCCUCCAUCCCGUGGGAUGGGAGAUGCGCGGUCCAGGGGUGGGAACGAGAGAAGACCAUUUCAAGGUGGCAGGGAUAGAGGAUUUUUGGCCAGUAGAAAUUCUGACAGGUCAAGGUCGAGGGAGAGAUGGUGAACAGCUGUUGCACUUACUGGAUUUCUCGACUUUUGACAACUUGAAGCAGAUACUGUUUUGCUUCUUCUUUGGUUUUUUUGUUCGCAUUGAUAUCUGUCUUUUAGAACUUUCGUCUGGUUAGUAGAACAGGAAUUGUUUAAUGCUGCGGAAGACGGAUGCAUUUUUUGGAUUCUAAUUGUCAUUUUUGCCUGUGUUGAGGACACUGUAUUCCCUGGUAAAUGAAGUCUGUGGAAGUCUAUUAUGUGACCAAUUUUUACACAGUAGUCUGAUUUUAACUUUGCCGAGGGACUGGCUGUUUAUAUAUUUGACAAUCCUUUCAUCGCUA